AUGGAUUGUCUACCACCCGAGCUCAUUCUCUCCAUCGGCCAGCUCAUCGAAAAGCAUACACUAUGUUCCCUGGUCCGAUGCUGUCAGCGGUUAUACGACGUCCUUCAACCGCUUUUCUAUUCAGAGAUCCGACUGAUCCCACCCUUGUCAGACAGCUAUGUGUCUCUUGUUAUGCGCCUAUGGCGAUGUCCCGACCUGGCUAGUCUUGUGCGCCGCGCCGAGAUUCAUCUCCCGAUCAUUCGUCACCCCCGCCGUCAGUAUCAGCUGGACGAGAAGAAGGUACCUGAGCUCCAAGAAUUCAUUCAGGAUGUACAGAAUGAGAUGUUCGAUCUCAAGGACAAGCGCAGGAGUGUUUGGUGGGGAACAAAAUUGCGAAGCAGUGAUUGGUGCUUCUGGCUGGGAGUGUUGCUUGUCCGGUUGACACGUCUCGAGAGCAUUGAGUUUGUGGGCCUUUACAACAAUAGUGCAAUUUGUGAUCUUCUGUACAGGGCCGGGAAACAGCAGCGGCCCUUCGACGAAACCUCCCCGUAUCCUCUUCUGCGGCACAUUUCGGUCCGAGACUGCGAGCAGGGGUUCGAUCUCGAAGAAGUCCUGACACCUUUCUUCUACUUCCCAGCCGUGGAAACAGUGGAUGUCAGCCAGCUGUGGGAGGGUCGAGGACGGGAUGAUCCUCUCGAGUGGCGGCGAGAGGCCAGCUGCGCCCGUUGCCCGGUCAAACGGAUAGACAUUCGAUCCUUGAAGCACUCGCGCGGCACACUCACCUGGCUCGCAGACUGCACGGAGCUGGAGCAUAUCUCAGUGCGAAUCGCCUGCAUCUUCGUCGGCUACCCUGAGAUCCGGUACGGGGUGCCCUUCAACCCCUCGCGCUUUGUUCGAGCCCUUCUUCCGUUCAGAAAGACCUUGAAGAGUCUGCACAUCGAGUACGACCAAGUAUACCACGCCUUACUGAACGCCCCCGGGCCGAUAGAACUGUACUAUGAGGACAUCUAUUGGCUCACCGAGGACGAGCAGAACCUGAAUCAUUGCAAUGCGCCCGUGGACUCGAUGCGGGACUUCGAAGUUCUCGAAGAGGUGACGCUGCGACACGCCAACCUCUUACCAGCGGUGGAUGGAGCUUCUGCUCGAGGCAUUCUCGCGGAUCGGCUCCCGAGAUCCCUCCGACGUCUUUGUGUUCUCAACAUCGUGGAAACCCGCUACGCAGAUCUACUUGUGGAGCUCACCACCCUCGUCACCACUGCCCGCGAUGCCUUCCCCAAUCUGACCCAAAUCCAGCUCCCGAGAAACACAGUGGACGAGAUGUCAUUUACCCCUUUCCAACAGGACUGCACAAACGCGGGAGUAUCAUUCGAAUACUUCUAG